AAAAUGGCUGAAGUAAAAAAAUAAGAAAAGAAUAUUAAAAAAUUCACUUUUAGAGGAAAAAGUUUAGAAGAAUUAUAACAUUUAGCUUAAGGAUCAAGCAAAGAAAAGUUAAUUUCCGACGAAUUAGCUUAACUUUUCGAUGCCAAAACCAGAAGAAGAGUCAAAAGAGGACUUUCUGAAAAAUAUGCUAAAUUUGUCAUGAAAGUUAGAAAAUCAAAACAAAAAUGCCCUGCAGGUGAAAAACCUUAACCAGUUAAAACACAUUACAGAUCUAUGAUUGUUAUCCCUGAUUUAGUAGGAGGUAUUAUAGGUGUUUAUAAUGGAAAAUCAUUUGUGAAUGUCGAAAUUAAAUUUGAUAUGAUUGGAAAAUAUCUCGCUGAAUUUGCUAUGACUUAUAAACCUACUUCUCAUGGUAAAUCUGCUGCUGGUGCCUCUAAGAAAGAUUGAAAAUAUUUCUUUUAUUUAUUUAUUUAUUAAAAACAAAAAUAAAAAUAAAAAAAAAGAUUAUUUUUUUAAUAAAGCGUAUGUUAGUUUUUUUAUUUUUUUAUAGGUCUUUUUGUUUUUUGUUUAUUAUUUAAAUUUUUUUAG